AUGUUGAAACCUCAAACUAACGAGCUUUGUUUUUUUAAUGACGAAACUCAACAUCGUCUAAUUAAUUUCACUCUUUUCCUCAGCUACAAUGUUGAACUUAAGAAGAAGAAUGAAAGACAUUGGCAGUUCUUUUGUCUUCCUGCAUCUUCAUCAUCAUCACCACAUUCUUUCCUUUCUUUAAUUGAGUGUAUGAUAAAAGCAAGUGAAUGGAUUAGUUGA